CCAGCCCCUCCCCCUUAUUAUCGCCCCGGUAACUGGAGCUACAUAUAAAAUGGCUGAAUAGAGAUAGGACUAGGAGACCUCACUAGCACUACUGUAGAGAUCAUGUAUCGCCACGGCCGCUCUGGGAGGGAGCUAUCUCUCCUCGCUAACGGCCAGGGGAUGCUAGGGGGAGAUGUGGAGGUGGACUGCUACAGCCAUGACGCCAAGGCAUACAGCCUCUCUGGAAAGCCCCUCGUUCGUCUGGCAACCACUCGAAGCGUCAAGCCCUUCAAAGCUCACAAGUUGAAUUUGCCAAAGACGUUUGUCACGAGAAGAGGACAAAUGGUACUGUUCACUGCACCAGAGGACAUGAUAAUAGGUACUUCCAUUGGUCUUCACGAGCGCGAGGUGACUGCUCAGCAAGCGGUAGAGGACCUCAGAACCACUGGGAGGCUAUUAGAGUCAGCUAUGGACUAUCUUACUGAGGAUGAGUUUAAUACCAAGCAUACAGCAUGUGCUCAGGAGAUGGAAUCCAGUGAUCCAGUAUUGACCCAACCUGGCCACUUCACCAAGGUCUAUCUCAAUAGUCUACAGAAGGCAACAGAGAAUGCUCAGAUAGCUGCAGACUGUGCAGUGGAAGAUAUUGAAGAAGGAAAAGAUAAUGAUCAAGAGUGUGACAGUGGGUUGGGGCAGUCUACCAUGAGUCGACUCUCAGCUAGUAGCAAACUAUCACAUGACAGUCCACUCAUCAUCCCUCACGGCCGAGAUGAGAUCCCCCCCACAGAGCCUGAUAAGAAUGAUAUUCUCACAACCCUCAAGAAUGAAAUACAUCAACAGAAAAACACCUCCAAGACUAAGAAAACAACAAAUAAGUCGAAUGGUAAAAAGCGACAACGUAAGCAAAACUCGACCGAUUCCCCCGCCCCCCUCAAAUCUAAAUCAAAGAAGUCCGAGUCAAAACCCGUAAAAUCAAAAAGAAAACGAAACAAAAAGGACAAACAACACGAUUGUCAUGCGACUGAAACUGGACCUGAAGUGAUGGCUGUGAGCGGUGGGGAUCAGCCAAUCACAGCAAUUAAUUUACCUCCUAGCAACAACCUGAGGGUUGAGGGGGCGGGAGGUGAGGGGGCGUGGUCAACGAGAGUCUCACGAGGAGAAGACCGUCGAAGAGAAGUGGAGAGAAAGCGUGCAGAGAAACGAGAGCUGGAGGCAGCAAAGAGAAAAGAGAUAGAGGAGCGACUGAGAUUAGAGGAGGAACUUGCCGGGGCCAACAAAAUUAUUGUGACUGUGACUGAUGAAAAGUGUGACACUGUCAGCAUGACCUCUGUGAACUCUGACACAUUAGGGGAAUCCCCUGAACACACCGCUGCCAUUCCCCCUCUCUCAAACCAAGCUCGACUGAGAGCUGAGUUGGAUCGCUCACGGCUGAGUCAGCAACGCUGGCUGUUGCAGGGUCGUGAAGAGGAGGUGGGGCUAGAGGCGGAGCUAGCAGAUGCUGACGAGGCAUUAAGACGAGCGCGUGAGGCCGCAGAGAGGACGCAACAAAGGUUGGAGGAAGAAGAGAGGCAGCAAAGGCUGGAGGAAGAGCAGAAGAGGCGUCAACUGGCUGAACAAGCUGAAUUGAAAGAAGCCGCAAAACUCAAAGCUGCUGAAAUUCUCCGUCAAUCUUCAAUCAAACCAUCCUCGGACAAUCAGAAACGUUUGAACUCUGAACUCUCCUCACAAAGACACUCAAAACUAUUUUCUAAUCCUAGUACUCUCAUGUUUAGCUAUUUCAAUUACGUCCCUACUCCGAAAACAAAGAAAGAAAAGAAGACUCGAGGGAGAUCCGUUAAAGCAAAAACAGUCAAAGCACUGUAGCUGUAUAUUUCUGUAUGUGUGUGUGUGUGUGUGUGUGUGUGUGUGUGUUUCUCACUUUUCUGUCCUAGCUCUUCAAUUCUAGUAUUUUGUGUGAACAUAAAAUAGUGUCCUCUG